AUGACGUCCCACAACUGGUCUAACAAUGAAUCCAACGACGAUUUCAGCGUCUCGGAUGUCGAAGACGUGCACGGUGUACCUGUGCACGACGAGGAAGCUUCCUUCAACGGCGUAGAAAGUGAUUCGGAGAUCACUUGCAAGCACGGCAAGAGGCCGAUAUGCCGAGUGGCCAGCAAAGGCAUCAACACCGGGAGGCGGUUUCUUGCCUGCCCAAAUGAGAAAAAAGAUGCUUGCAGAUUCGUGCAUUGGAUCGAUGCAGAAUGGGAGGGCAAUGCCGAAAGAACAAUAAGAUACAUGUGGCACAAGCGUACAGAAUUGAGCAAGGAGCUUAAAAGAGCUGAGAAGGAAUGGAACCGUGUUCUUAGUGACAACAGGGUCUAUGAGAUCGAGAUGAACUUGAAUGACAAGCUCCGCAUUAGAGAGCACGACAAAGUCAAAGGAGAUGCGUCUGCUUCUUACCACACUGUUCGCAAUGCUUCUCAUCGCAUUUUUACCGUGCCAGGUGACCUGCUGCUUUGGUUCUGCAUCGUCAUGGAGUGCUACAACUGCAGCCGUUCUCAUGCUGAGCAUGUGUACAACAUCGUGCAUUCCGUGCGCAUUGUGUACAUAAAAAGUAGGAUGUGA